AUGGGCCAUAGGGAUAAUGGGAUCCCACUAACAUCUGAAAAGUUUCUAUCCAUGAGUGGUGGAGGCGGUGGUGCUUCUGGAGGAGGUGGUGGUGGACCAGGUGGUGGAGGCGGUGGUGCUCCUGGAGGAGGUGGUGGUGGAGGUGGUGUUGGGGAUGGUGAAGGUGGUUUCGGGGAUGGGGAUGGUGUAGGUGGUUUAGGGGAUGGUGUAGGUGUAAGUGGUUUCGGGGAUGGGGAUGGUGUAGGGGAUGGUGUAGGUGGAUUAGGGGAUGGUGAUGGUGUAGGUGGUUUUGGGGAUGGUGAAGGUGGUUUCAGGGAUGGGGAUGGUGAUGGUGUAGGUGGUUUUGGGGAUGGUGAAGGUGGUUUCAGGGAUGGAGAUGGUGUAGGUGGUUUUGGGGAUGGAAAAGGUGGUUUAGAGGAUGGUGAAGGUGGUUUCGGGGAUGGAGAUGGUGUAGGUGGUUUAGGGGAUAGUGAAGGUGGUUUCGGGGAUGGUGAAGGUGGUGUAGGGGAUGGAGAUGGUGUAGGUGGUUUCGGGGAUGGUGAUGGUGUAGGUGGUUUAGGGGAUGGUGAAGGUGGUUCAGGGGACGGAGAUGGUGUAGGUGGUUUAGGGGAUGGUGAUGGUGUAGGUGGUUUUGGGGAUGGUGGUGGUGGUGGAGGUGGUGGUGAAGGUGGUUUUGGGGAUGGCGGUGGUGGUGGAGGAGGUGAAGGAGGCAGUGGUGGAGGAUAUCGUGGAGGUGGGGGUGGAGGUGAUGAUGAGGGUGGUGGUGGUGGUGGAGGAUACCGUGGAGAUGGUGGUGGCGGUGAUGGUGAGGGUGGUGGUGGUGGGCGACGUGGUGGUGGUGGUGGGGGAUGUCGUGGAGGGCGGGUAAAUAUUGGAGGGAAUAGGAGUGGAGGCAGUUUUAUUGGAAACAGUAUCUUGUUAUCAUUAACAGGCAAGGAAGAAGAUUUAACCACUUCAUGAUGAGGAAUGUCUCUAGCUUCUGCGGUACUACUACAAGUAAUAGAGAUGAAGAUCAAGAUUUCUAUUAGGACUACUGCCACAUUACCCCAAAACCCACCCCCACUAACCGCCAUCUUUGUUUUCCA